AUGGAACAGCCAACGUUCGCAUCUGAUCAAGUCGUUGAAUUAGUAACAUUUGGCGAACAAAUAAUUCAAGUCACCGAUGACGUCACGAUAACGUAUCAUGAACCGUAUCAAGAACCGUAUCAAGAGUCUAUUCCCAAAACACCUUUAACGCCAUUAACACCCAAUUCAACAGCGAUGUUUUUAACAUCAGAUGAAAGAUCGUAA